GUCAGUAGUGAGCGAUUGCAUCUGAGACGUAUAUUUAACGUUACAGUGAAUGUUCGUAUAUCUGAAUAAAUAAUGAGUCCACAACUAACAGCAGAACAAAAUGAUUGCAUAAGAAAAAUAGCUAAAAAUGAAAAUAUCAGUGACUAUGUGUUGGAAGUUGAAUCUGGUUCAGUGAAAGGUGAUGGUUACCUGGGGAUUAUAUCAACCGUAAAUAUAAUUAGUGAACCCAAGAAGCUAAAUUUAGUAAUGAAAACAGCUGAGACCAAUGAGGAACUUCGAAAGAAAAUUGUGAUCAGAAAGGCGUAUCUAAGGGAAAUUUUUAUCUACAAUAAAAUAUUCCGGGAAUUUGAAAAUUUCCAGAGAAAACGAAAUAUGCAGAAUGGUUUUAGUGCGUUUCCAAAAAUAUAUGGUAGCUGCGAGGAGGACUGUAAAGAAUUCUUAAUUUUAGAAAAUUUGAAGGAAGUUGGCUAUAAGUUGUGGAACCGUAAAGUUCCAAUGGACGCGGAACAUGUAGCAUUAGUAUUUUCCGAAUAUGGAAAAUUCCAUGCUAUGUCAUUAGCUAUAAGAGACCAGGAUCCUGAAAUGUAUGAAGAACUUACUAAAGAUCUUAGCAAUAUAUUUGAAGAUUCACAUUCCAAAGAAGAGUUCGAGCACUCAAUGAAAAUUAAUACAAGUAAAGGUUUUAGAGCAGUUAAAGGUGAUAAUUACGCUACAGAAGCCUUACGAAGAUUUUCUGAUUCUCUUGGAACUUUAUUCGAACAAUAUAGCAGACCAGAAAAUAAAAUAGUUAUUAAUCAUGGAGACUGCUGGUGUAACAAUAUGAUGUUUAAGUAUGAGGACAAUGGAAAUCCCCACAAGCCGACAAAAAUUUGUUUACUCGACUGGCAGUUAUCAAAAACAGGGUCUCCAGUUUUGGAUUUGGCUUAUUUCUUUUUUGCCUGCGGUUCAAAAGAUAUUUUUUAUGAUUAUAAGAAAUACCUUAAAAUAUAUCAUGAAACUGUUUCGGAAAAUUUAAAACAGUUGUCCUGUGAUCCUGAAAAAAUAUUUCCUUACACGUUAUUGGAGCACCAUUGGAAAAUGUAUGCAAAGUUUGGACUCUACAUAGCUCUUAUAGUAAUAACGGUGAUGUUAAGUGAAGAAAAUGAAGUUAAAACACUUAAAGACGCAGCCAAAAAUAACGAAUCUAUUUUCGAAACCUUCAAUUAUGACGGUAUUAACGUAAACGACUAUAACAAAAGAAUUUUAGAUAUUGUAACUUUUAUGGCAGAACAUGAAUUGAUUUAGGAGUACAAUUUCAUUAAUUAUUAUUAAUUCAUAGUUGAAAGUUAUUAAAUUAUGUUGUUAAUGAAUGUAAUUAUAAUAAAGUGAUGUAAACGUACAAAAAAGGUUGUUCUUGUUGUAAACGAAGAUGUGUAGGUAGUAAGUAAGCAAGCAUAUUAUUCCGGUACAGUAGGUAUUGUUCGUUGUAUGUAAAAGUUUUGAUGAAAUAAAGAACUUACUUUAGUUUUA